AUGAGUGGAGCAGGAAAGAAGAUUGCAGAUGUGGCAUUCAAGGCUGGAAAGACGAUCGAUUGGGAAGGGAUGGCGAAGCUUCUCGUUUCCGAUGAGGCCCGCAAGGAGUUCGCCACCCUCCGCCGCGCAUUCGAUGAAGUCAACACCCAGCUGCAGACCAAGUUCAGCCAGGAACCAGAACCCAUUGACUGGGAGUAUUACAGAAAAGGGAUUGGCUCUCGCUUGGUUGAUAUUUAUAAGCAAGCAUAUGAUGAGGUUAAAAUCCCCCAAUACGUAGACAAUGUCACUCCUCAGUACAAGCCCAAGUUUGAUGCUCUGUUGAUAGAGCUUAAAGAGGCUGAGCAGAAGUCACUUAAGGAAUCUGAAAGAUUAGAAAAAGAAAUUGCAGAUGUCCAAGAGUUGAAGAUGAAGCUUAGUACGAUGACAGCUGAUGAAUACUUUGAGAAGCAUCCUGAACUAAAGAAGAAGUUUGAUGAUGAAAUCCGAAAUGAUUAUUGGGGCUAUUAG